UCCUCAUCUGUCACUAGAUCUUCUCCUCAUAGCCUAUUACACACAUAUACUCGUACUACUCCAUCACGUCACUUCUACUUCUCCCGUCUCCCUCGUCUGUGGAAUGCCCUACUCCUUCUAAACCUCCUCUCUCUCACUCACUCUAAAGCAAUUGAUUCACUUUACCAUCACUUCACAAGCAUCUUUUUAACUAAAUUCAACUCAUCUGAUUUAUGCACUUAUCAUUUCUUAUGCCCUUGCUAUAAUUGUAUCAGCUCCCAUCAUACAUGUACAUAACUCCAUUCAUUCAUACACUAAGUUAUUUUUUUUCUUUUUUUUUUCUGGUUCCUGCUGAGUUUACCAGGUUACCAUCAGCACUGUAACUCCCUGUGUUUUUAUUCUACUAUUGUGCUGUAGAGUUUAUUAAUAAUAAUAAUAAUAAUAAUAAUAAUAAUAAUAAUCUCUUAUUCCUUAAAUAGACUACAUUAAUACAUGAAUUAAUGCCGUUAUCUGUGCACUUUAUAGAUCAAAUCUUACCGAGUGAGACUUCUUUUGAUUACUGUUUCAUGGAAAGAAAUACCGAAGGACCCAAAGAAUAAACUAGAUCUAGAUAAAUCAAAUGGAAGUAUUAUGAAAGAAAAUAAGGAUGAAAAUGUGGAACAUGAAAAUGAACCAGUAAAAGAUACCAGCUGUAUGAAUACUAGCAGUAUGAAGGUUCAGAGUGAUGAUGAUUCAAAGAGUAAAGAAACACCCACUGACCGAACCACUGACACUGUUUCACAAGAAUAUUCGUAAGCACAAGUAUGAGACAAGGCAGCAGUUUACGGACCAUGUCAAUCUAAUUGUUAACAAUUGCAUCACUUAUAAUGGAUUCAACUCUGAAUUAACAAAAACUGCCCAAAGGAUGUUGGAAAUGUCUAACAAAGAAAUAAAUCAAAACAGUCAAGCUCUUGAGAAACUAGAGCAUGAGAUUAAUCCACUGCUGGGAGAUGAUCCACAAGCUGCUCUGUCCUUCCUCUGUCGUAAAUCCAUUGAAAGAAUGAAAGCAGUACCUAAUGUGAGUGAUAUGAAAUUUGGUUUGCAUUGUACACA